AAUAGGGGUCGUCGGCAAGAGAAAGUAAUCUUUCUUUAUUUUCUCUCGCUGUGUUCAAUAAAAAGCCCUCUCUUUUGCUUCUCUGUCAACUGUGUAUAACAACGAGGCAGAAUCAGAGGGCUUUUUAUUCAAACAUUCUUCUUUUUCUCUUUGAAUUCGCUCAAAUCACGCCUCCCAUUCCCAGGCAUUGUUGAUUUUGUAUCUGUUUGAGAAGUGUCGUCGUGUUUUUUUCCUUCUCCGGCUGGUGGAUUUGAUUUGAAGAGUCUUUUUUGAUGACGGGGAGUUUAAGGUCAGAUUGCGUUUGAUGUUGACCAUGAAUGUUGGUUUGUGAAGUACUCUGGAACUGGGUUUUUAUUACGCGCCAACAAAAACAACGACAACAAGAUGACGCUUUACAUUGGUCAUGAGGCUUCAAAGCUAUGGAAGAGAAUUUGUGCAGAGACAACCACAGAGAUCAACCUUCUUGCGGAGAAUUGGAAGUACCUUCUUGCUGGUAUAAUUUGUCAGUACAUACACGGUUUGGCUGCCCGGGGAGUUCAUUAUCUGCAUCGGCCAGGGCCAACCCUGCAAGAUGCUGGGUUUUUUCUUCUUCCGGAGCUUGGACAAGACCAUGCCUACAUCAGUGAGACAAUUUUCACCUUCCUCUUUUUAUCGUUUGUCUUGUGGACUUUCCAUCCUUUCAUCUUCAAGAGCAAAAAGAUAUUCACAGUUCUAAUUUGGUGCAGGGUUCUAGCAUUUUUAGUUGCUUGUCAAAGUCUCCGGAUCAUAACAUUUUACUCCACCCAGCUUCCUGGUCCAAAUUAUCACUGCCGUGAGGGAUCUAAACUUGCCAGGCUUCCUCAUCCAGAGAGUGUUGUUGAAGUGCUUUUGAUUAAUUUUCCUCGGGGCAUGAUAUAUGGUUGUGGUGAUUUGAUUUUCUCAUCCCAUAUGAUCUUCACUCUAGUAUUUGUGCUGACAUACCAGAAAUAUGGUACGAAAAGAUGCAUAAAGCAGCUUGGUUGGUUGAUUGCGGUGACCCAAAGCCUGUUAAUUGUCGCGUCCCGCAAGCAUUACACUGUUGAUGUUGUUGUUGCAUGGUAUACUGUUAAUCUAGUGGUAUUUUUUGUAGACAAGAAAUUGACAGAACUGCCUGACCGGACUAGUGCAUCUUUGUUGCUACCACUAAGCACCAAAGACAAGGAUAGUAAGACCAAAGAAGAGAAUCAUAAACUUUUGAAUGGGAAAUCUGUAGACCCUGAGGACUGGAGGCAGAGAACUCAAGUCAAUGGAAAAGUUCUAGAUGAUAGUAAUGGAGUCCAUGCUGAUAAUGCGAUGAAUGGUGAAUAGAUGAUCGGAGCUGCUGUCACUGUUUCAAAUUGUGCAAGGAAUGCCCCUUUUAAGCGCGCCUGGCCACAGAUUCAAUGGCUUAGUUGCUUGUGUGGUCGGCGUAAAUCAAAGAUUGCCGGUAAAUCAGCAGUUCUGCUCAUACUAUCCUAACUAAGAACCAUUCAUCAUCAGCAUCUGUAAUUGAAUUCUCCAGUUAUUUUUGCCCCAAUUUCCUUUCGUGUGAAGAGCUAUAUGUCUUGUGCUGCCGCUGAAAAUCUUCAAACAAUUAUGAAAUUUUUGUAGAGGUUUAGGCUGCUAAGAUUAAGGAACAGAUUUUGUGGUGGAUGAAUGAAAUGAUUUUUUCUUCUGUUCUCUUA